AUGGAAAACCUACUCGAGAUCCUCAAGAUGUCGAGUAGCCUUCUCGUCCGAGACGAGCCGCUCCCUCCCGACGAGGACGUAGGGCCCAUCUCGUUUGCCAUCACCCUCGUCCUGUCCUUCUUCCUCGUCACGACGACUGCCCUUCGACUGUCAGUCCGAGCGGCCAACCGGAAGCUCGGAUGGGACGACUACACGAUCACGCUCGCGGGGGCGACGGCCGUCACCAGGUUCGCGUUCGGUAUCAAGCAGUGGCAGCACGGGAACGGCAGACACCGCGUCUACCUCACCGACCACAACUACACGAUGAUCAACAUGUACGGUUGGUGGGGGCAAAUCUUCCUCUUUGUCUCGGUGGUAUUUUUGAAGGUAUCCAUCUGUCUCUUGAUCCUCCGUAUCAAAGACACCAAAACGCUGAAGACGCUGUUGUCCAUCCUCGUGGCGGGCGUCGUGAUCACCAACUUUGGAGUUGUGAUCAUUCUGAUUGCCGAAUGCCAGCCCGUUGGUUUCUGGAGAGGAAAGUCUGCCAAGUGCUGGCCGACUCAGAUUCGCAUAUACUUCAUCUACGCUACGAUAGCCUACUCUGUACUGACUGAUCUAAUCUGCUCGUUGCUUCCCCUUGCUGUUGUCUGGAAGGUCAAAAUCCCCCGUCAAAUAAAGGUGCUGCAACGACCCCCUGAUAUAUCCAAGAUGGGUUUACUUGAAGUCGUCGCUGACAUUCCCAGCGCCACUGGCUUUGGCGUUGCAAGGGCUGCCUCUCUCGGUAUUUCGACAACAGACCUUAGCUGGGCUUACUGCAUCGCCGGUAUCUGGUCGAACCUGGAGCUGUUCCUCGGCAUCAUCGCCGCGAACCUCGCCUUGUCCCCGUCCAUCUACAGCCACUUCUUCGGCGGCGGCAAGGCCCAACGAACGCUGCCGGGAUCGACCGACCGCUCCAACCCCACCGAGUCAGGCUACCUCACCAGCAAACUCCGCUGCGAUCGCUUCGAGGUGCCGUCGACCAUGAUUCGGUCCCCCCGCCGACGGGGCUCGGAGACGAGGAGCCAAAACAGCGAUAUCCCGUUGGAGCCGGGGAUCCAGAAAAAGACGGAGUUUUGGUGGACGGAGGACGAGGCCGACGAAGCGUGCCAUGUGGAGUAUCGUCUGCAAAAGUCUGACGGACUCAAGUCUGGCUCAGACUUGGAACGACUUAAGGCCAAAGAAGCCUGUCACCCCCAUCCCCCCCCCCCCCCGGGUAACACUGGAAACAACGCAACUAUGGCAGUCGAGAUGCUCACCAGGAAAUCGACAGACGUUCCCCGGCCGCCCACGCGCGGUCACGGCCCGGGUGCCGAUCGGGAGACGUUGAGUGUCCGUCAGGACAUUGUACUGGUCCAGGUCUUUGACCAUUCGCCAGUGUCAACGUCAGGAUCUCCGGCCAAUGCGUCUGCCAUGCCCGGCCACACUCUGGGCGGGAGAUUGAUACGGACAGUACCCAUCGGCGCCCCUUGCCAUGAUCCGAACUACAACGAGGAGGCUUGCCAGGCAGUAAGGGCGGCGUGGAACGACCCUGACACCCACCUGGAGACGAGCCACUCGCCCAUGAGCAGCUUUUGGGCAGCACUGGGCGAGUCCUGCGACCCGUUUGCCGAUAGAUCAACCAGUUGCGGGCUGGGAGGAUACCCGCAGUACGUUGUCAACGUGUCCAGCGCCGACGAUGCCUCGCAGGCUGUUCGCUUCGCCAGCGAGAAGAACAUUCGUUUCGUGAUCCGAAACACCGGCCAUGAUUACUUGGGAAAAUCCACGGGCGCAGGCUCCCUCGCUGUAUGGACACAUCAUCUUCGAUCCCUCGAAGUGGUGGACUGGGAAGACAAACACUAUGUCGGGAAAGCCAUCAAGAUGGGCGCCGGUGUCCUGGGUCAUGAAGCAGUCAGCUUCGCAACACAGCACGACCUACUUGUGGUGUCUGGAAAUGGCCCGACUGUCGGCAUCGCCGGCGGCUACACCCUCGGGGGUGGACACUCGUCGCUAUCCUCGAAGUAUGGGCUGUCGGCGGAUCGAGCUCUCGAGUACGAAGUCAUUGAUGGGAAAGGAGAAUACCUGGUCGCCAAUCGUGAAAAGAACCAGGAUCUGUACUGGGCGUUGAGCGGCGGUGGCGGCGGCUCAUAUGCCGUGGUGCUGUCAACAACCGUCAAAGCUGACCCCAACGUCUUCGUCACGCUGGGAACUCUCAAGUUUUCUGCAAAGGGCCUGAUGGAAGACGACUUCAUCGGCGCCAUCGAGGCUUUCCACUUGACCCUCCCGGCUCUUGUCGCCGCAGGAUGUCAACCUCUAUAUUCUUUCGGCCGACAUGGCUUCGACAUCAUGGCUUUGUCGGCUCCAGACCUCACUCCAGCCCAGGUCGACAGUCUGCUCGAACCCUUUCUAGCCCACCUAGACAACCUCGGCGUCGACUACGAGAAAAACUUCAUCCCGUUUCCGAAUUACGGGGAGUUUUUCAAGGCCAUCUCCCAGGCUCAAAGCAAAGGCGUCGCCAACGCCGUCUAUGGCGGCUCUUGGUUCAUCCCCCGCAAUCGCAUGGUCGGCAAACGUAGCCGAGUGCUGAUUGAGGAAAGCUUCAGACUGCAAGACCAAGGUGCAAUGCAGCUGUUCAUGGGGUUUAACCUGUCGACGGCUGGACGGGAUGUUGACAACUCAGUCCACGGCGGUUGGAGAGAGAUGCUGAUUGACACCGUGUUCAUGAUACCGACCGGCAAUGACGACGGUGCUGAAGCCAUGGAGCUCAUAAGUAGAAAAGCCACCAAGCUGGCUUCGGGGCUCCAGAAGCUUGCUCCACAUGCAGGAACUUAUGCUAGUGAGGCGGACCCCAACGACCCCGACUGGAAACAAAACUUUUACGGCGAAAACUAUGGCAGGCUCUUGGACAUCAAACGGAAGUACGACCCCGACCACGUCUUUUACGGAAUCACAGCGGUUGGGGGAGAUCUUUGGUCGCCCAAGUCGGACGGGCGACUGUGCCAGAGUCGUGAGAGUACACAUACAGCUACUGGAAGCGAGAGGGAUGAGCUUUGA